CAUUCCGCCCUCAACACCAACACGUCCGUUCUGCAAGAAGACAAAGCCUGUUCGGAAGGCAGCCUCACUAUGGCCGACAAAGACACCUUCCUCCACCUGGCGCGCCCGCUCGGCCCUGCUCCCAUCGGCGCCCAACCUUCCACCGCCCCAGUCAGCGUAGUCAUACAGCCACAGGCCAUAUUCUCGAUCCUCGAUCAUGCGCUCCGCCGCCCCUCCGACCAAGACCGCGUCAUCGGCACCCUCCUGGGCACCCGCAGCGAAGACGGCACCGAAGUCGAGAUCCGCAACUGCUAUGCCGUCCCGCACACCGAGACCGCCGAACAAGUCGAAGUCGACAUGGACUAUCAGAAGCAGAUGCUUGCCCUGCACCUGCGCGCGAACCCUAGAGAAGUGCUCGUAGGCUGGUACGCGACGAGCAGCGAGCUCAACACUUUCUCUGCGCUUAUUCAGAACUUCUACGGCCAGCAGGGCGACGGAACCUGGCCGCAUCCAGCGGUACAUCUGACGGUGUCGACAGUGCCGGGCCAGGAGAUCGAGUCGCGGACAUAUAUUUCGGCGCCGAUUGGUGUUACGGCGGAGCGAGCAGCGGAUUCGUGCCUGUUUAUUCCGGUGCCGCAUGAGCUCAAGUAUGGCGAGGCAGAAAAGUCAGGGCUGGAACUUAUUUCUUCGGCCAAGGACCGGGAGGACAGGUCUCAACCCAUCAUCACGGACCUGGAAGCGCUGGAGCGCGCCGUUGAGCACGUGUUGGAUAUGCUCGAGCGCGUCUCAAACUACGUUAACAAUGUCCUGGACGAGGAGGCAGAGCCGUCAUCUGCACUAGGCCAGUUCCUGAUGAACGCUCUGAGUCUGGCGCCGAAGGUUGACCCUUCAGACAUUGAGCGCGACUUCAACAACCACAUUCAAGACGUCCUCGUAGUCUCCUACCUCGCCAACACCAUCCGCACGCAGAUCGACCUCUCCAACCGUCUCGCAACCGCAGCACUCACCCUCGGCACCGGCGACGCGCUCACAGGCGAAGGCGGCCAACGCGACGGCGACAGGCAACAAGGAGGACGAGGAGGACGAGGGGGUGGUGGCAGAGGCAGGCAGCAGAGACAACAGGAAGCAUGAGAACAUACUUAACAGCUGGCGAGCGGUUUUGCGUGUGGAGUCUCGAUUCUGCAUUAUAACUAUAAACUGGGCCCGGGAAAAGGAGAAGGUGUCGGUCGGAGUCUUGGGCUGACGAGUGGCGGCCGAUGAGCGGGGAAACCCAGCAGGAAUAGUGGGAGGGGCGAUGACACACGCCCGAGGACCCGGUCAAUAUCGCCAAACGAGAUGCGCGGAAUGAUUGUAUGAAUACCGCAGGCUUGCAAUGCACUGCGUAAAGCUAUAGAGCACUCUUAGAGCUCAAUGAAUUCAAAAGCCGCAAAGGACCUUUCUUGGAUAUGUGACU